AUCCAAAAAUUUUGAGGGAACAAAAAAGAAAAAAAAGAAGAUAUGGAGACAGAAAGUCUCAGAUAGAGAGAGAGAGAGAGAGUUGGUCACCUUCUCACUCAACAUCUCAAAAACUCUCUUCUCCAACGCUCCUUCGUACUCUCCGUCGUCGACCAGCACAAAGUCCGGCGGAUCAACCAUGACCCAACGAUGACCCUGACCCGAACCCCCCAAUCCGACGAAGAAUCCACAUCCACCAGUGGCGGCGGAGCCACCACUGCCAUGAGGGUCAUAGUGCCCUUACAAGGGGUAGUUCAAGGCAGGGGUGGCCUAGUUUUAGGGUCAAUCAUACCUUGCGCUCUCUUCUACUUCUUCCAACUCUACCUCAAGCGCAAAAACCGCUCUGACCCACCCACCACUCCGCCACCCACUCCUCCUCCGUCUGCGGCGGAGGUUUCUCAUGUGUUGAAUAGGGUUCACUCUCGGUCUAUUAGCUCCCCGAGAGGAGCUUAUGUUUCUUCUAGAGCCAAUUCUAUUGCUAAACAAAUCGACGGUCCGUACUAUGUCGGAUUAGACAAGGUUUCGGAGGACCCUUAUGAUUCUUCGACUAACCCAGAUGGUGUUAUUCAGCUUGGAUUGGCUGAAAAUUUGUUGUCAUGGGAUUUGGUUCAAGACUGGUUAGCAGAGAAUGCAAAGGAUUCAAUUAUUGGCGGGGAUUUGAAUAUAAGUGGGAUUGCAACUUAUCAGCCAUUUGAUGGAUUGAUGGAGCUGAAAGUGGCUGUGGCUGGAUUCAUGUCCCAAGUCACAGAAAGAUUGGUGUCCUUCAACCCGUCCCAAAUAAUAUUAACAGCCGGUGCAACCUCUGCAAUUGAGAUGCUCAGUUUCUGCCUGGCAGAUACAGGAAAUGCAUUUCUUGUUCCCUCGCCAUAUUACCCUGAUCUUGACAGGGAUGUCAAAUGGCGAACUGGGGUGGAGAUCAUACCUGUUCCUUGCCGCAGCACAGACAAUUUCAAUUUAAGUACAACCGCACUUGAUCGAGCAUUUACCCAGGCUAAGAAACGUGGUCUAAAAGUUCGUGGGAUUAUCAUUUCCAACCCAUCAAAUCCUGUGGGCAACGUGCUCAAUCGGGAAACACUUUACAGCCUUAUGGACUUUGCUACAGAAAAGAACAUCCACAUUAUUUCAAACGAGAUUUUGGCAGGGUCCACUCAUGGAAGCAAAGAGUUUGUUAGCUUGGCAGAGAUCAUUGAUUCGGAAGUCUUUGAUCGAAACAGAGUUCAUAUAGUUUACGGUCUCUCAAAAGACCUAUCUCUUCCAGGUUUUCAAGUUGGGGUUAUCUAUUCCUUUAAUGAGAAUGUUCUCACUGCUGCUAAAAGACUAGUGAGAUUCUCAUCGAUCUCAGCUCCAACCCAACUUUUACUUACCUCGAUGUUGUCCGAUAGGAAGUUCAUCAAGAAAUUUAUCAAGACAAAUCAAGAAAGGCUUCAAAAGAUGUAUACUGAGUUUGUGGUUGGGUUGAAGCAACUGGGUAUAGAAUGCACAAAAAGCAGUGGUGGUUUCUAUUGUUGGGCUGACAUGAGCGGGCUGAUCCGCUCAUACAGUGAGAAAGGCGAGCUUGAGCUCUGGGAUAAGUUGCUGAAUGUAGCUAAGAUUAAUAUAACUCCCGGAUCUUCAUGUCACUGUAUUGAACCUGGGUGGUUCCGGUGUUGUUUUACCGUGUUGACUGAAAAGGACAUUCCUGUAGUUAUGGAACGUAUUCGGAAAGUUUCUGAAACCUGUAAAUCGCAGUUGUAGGUUAGAAGCAGGCCCUUGGCUUUUAAUCCGAAGUAACAGAUACUGCUAAUGCAGUGGAUUAAGUUAGCCCGGAUUUUAUUAUGGCAUUUAAAGUUUGAUGGCUUCAUGAAAUAGUUCUCAUAUACAUCACAAGGAGAUCUGAGAUGGAGAUGGAAGUUCUGGUCUCGCAGUUUGGCUCAGGUUUUAUGCCAUUUGUUCUCCUUCACCAUUCAUGAUAUGGGUAUGUGAAUUCUUCCUCAGUUCUGCAACAUGUCAAUCCUAUCCAACCUCAGGCUCUGAAAUUGUAGAUAGGUAUUUGUCAUAAUGCAAAAGCAGUCGAGAAAGUAGAAACAAUGUCUAGUGAAAUUCAUUUCAAAAUUUCUUGUGCAGAAUUAUUAAUAUUAUUGAUUCACAGAUAGUUGAAAUUUUA